GUGUUACUAUACACCAGUCCCUCCAAUUAAUCCUAUAUAAACCCCUCUCGCUCUCUUCAAAUUCACCAUAUUCAUACACAUAACCUAGCUAGCUCCAUUUAAAUAUAUUAUCCUCCGUUUUUAAGCAAUGGAAAGCGUUACAAGAAUGGUGUCCCAGAGGCCGGUGGUGAUAUUUAGCAAGACUAGUUGCUGCAUAAGCCACACUGUCAAGUCUCUCUUACAGGAUUUCGGGGUCAGUCCAGUUGUUUACGAGCUGGAUGAGAUCCCAAGAGGCCGCGACAUCGAGGCCGCGUUAGCCAAGCUUGGGCACAACCCUGUGGUGCCGGCUGUGUUCAUAGGCGGGGAACUUGUAGGAGGAGCCAAUGAGGUGAUGAGUCUUCACCUGCAGCGGAACCUGAGGCCUAUGCUUACCCGAGCCGGAGCAAUGUGGGUUUAAGAGAAAUCAUAUACAUUAUGUCAAUAAUUAGUGAAUAAUAAAAAUAAAAAUGUGGAAUCAUACUGAGUAAUCAAGGUGAUGUAUGCUCUCUAGGGUGAGUAAUCUGGAGAGUUUUGUUUUGUUGUAAAAGGGGGUUGCUGCUUGGUUCAAAUUAUGGAGAACCAUCAGCUUUUUGUAUAAGCUUCCCUCCAUCUACUUAAAAUGGUCAUAAUCAAUAAAACACUUUUGAGUUAUGACAUCAUUUUGUAUCAUGAGCUAUAUACAGAUUCAUGUUAUUUAUU